GUGAGUAAACAAGGAAAAAGAAAGAGAGCUCCAAAACCAUCUUUCUCUGCAACUAUUGCAACUUCAUGGCUUCAUCAUCAUCAUCAGGGGUUACUACUUCAUCUGCCUCCUCUCGCCGGCCUUCUCUUAAUAACUAUGAUGUGUUUAUCAAUUUUAGAGGUCAAGAUACUCGUACAAACUUCGUGAGUCUGCUUUACAAAGAUCUAAUGAGAGAAGGAAUCUAUGCCUACAGAGAUAGCGAAGAACUCUGGGAAGGAGAAGAGAUUUGUCCGUCACUUCUUAGAGCAAUCCAAGGAUCUGAAAUCUCAAUUCCUGUCUUCUCUAAAAACUACUCAGAUAGCAAAUAUUGUCUCCUGGAACUUGCUGAGAUAUGGGAUUGCCAUUUAUCUAAUGGUCAAACCAUUUUGCCUGUAUUCAUUGAUGUUGAGCCACGAGAUGUUCGACAUCAGACUGGAAGUUUUGAGGGACCAUUUCAUGAACACCAGAUGAAUGAGUCUGCUGAAGUCAACAGUUGGAAGAAUGCUUUGAAAGAGGUGGGAAAUCUAAAGGGAUGGCCUCUCAAGGGGGAUGCAACUAUUGAGGAUCAAUCAAAUUUAGUCGAGUUAAUUGUUCAAAGGGUUUUGAAAGAACUUAGCAGCUCCACCUUGGAUGAAUGUAAACACCCUGUUGGAAUAGAUUCCCACAUAGAUGCAUUACGAUCUUUAUUGGAAGUUGGUUCCAAUGAUGUAAGAUUUGUGGCAAUAGUUGGCAUGGGUGGCCUCGGAAAGACAACUAUCGCAAAAGCUAUCUAUAAUCGCAUCUUUAGAAGCUUUAGUGGGAGUAGUUUUCUUCCCGAUAUAAGAGAAAAAGCAGCAAAAGGAAAUAUUGGUCUAGUUUCCUUACAAAAGAGACUUCUUAAAGAUAUCUUGAAAAGGAAGCAUGAUGUGAGUAUUGUUUCUCAAGGAUCAACAUUGAUAGAAAAACUACUUUAUAAAAAAAAUGUUCUUCUUAUUCUUGAUGAUGUGGACGAUCAUGUACAACUUGAUGUAUUAGUUGGUGGAAUCAAUUGGUUUGGUCAAGGAAGUAGGGUCAUAAUAACAACUAGAGAUGUCCAAAGUUUGAAUGCACAUAAAGUUGAUAAAGACAUUCAAAUAUAUAUGCCUGACGUACUGAAUUUUGGCUAUUCUCUUCAACUUUUUAGUUUGUAUGCCUUUUCAAAGAACAAACCUCCAGAAAAUUUUGAGCAACUUUCACAUGAAAUCGUAGACUUUGCUGAUGGGUUACCCCUAACUCUAGAGGUGUUGGGUUCUUUUUUGUUUGGAAAAGAAAAAGAAGAAUGGGAAGAUACAUUAGAAGGACUGAAAGAUAUCUUUAAUAAGGAGGCCUCUGGAAUGUUGAUAAAAAGUUAUGACGAAAAGGUCUUUGCAAGGUUGAUGAUAAGUUAUGAUAAACUAAGUGAUCAUGCGAAAACUAUAUUUCUUGAUAUUGCAUGCCAUUUCAAUGGAUGGAAAGCAGAUAUAGCAAUUUCAAUAUGGGAAGCUUGUGAAUUACAUCCUAAAUUAGCAAUAAAAGAACUCAGUCAAAGGCACCUACUAAAGAUAGAGACUGAUAAUUAUGUUGUGGAGAGAUUGAGAAUGCAUGAUCAACUUCGAUAUAUGGGAAGGAGAAUUAUCGAAAAAGAUAGCUAUGGGGACCCCAACAAGAGUAGUAGAUUGUGGUCACAUGAAGCAAUCUUAAAAAUAUUAAAAAAAGGCACGGGAACUCAAAUGGUUGAAGGUAUCAUCAUUCCCUUUGAUGUGGUCAUAGAUGAUUUAAGCUUUGAAGACUUUGCGAAGAUGCCCAAUUUAAGAUUUAUCCAAGAUGUCAGACUUUUCGGUAAUAACAAUAUCAAUGGGGAUUUUUUUCAUCUUCCUUCUCAAUUAAGAUUUUUCCGUUGCCCUUUGAAAAUUGUUCCAACCAAUUUUUAUCAUGAGGAACUAAUUCAUCUUGACUUAUCAAGAAGUGACAUCAACCUAGAUUGGAAUGAUAAACCUCAAAAUAAAAAUAAGAGGUUUCAAAAGUUGAAGGUUCUUAUUCUCCAGAGGUGUCGCCAUCUUUCAGACUCUCCCGACUUCUUCUCAUGGUUUCCAUGCUUACAAAGAUUGGAUCUCACAUGGUGCACUUCUCUUUUGAAACUUCGAGAUAGUAUUUGUCAGAUGGCUUCUCUCAAAAGUCUUAUUCUCAAUUAUUGUGUUUCAAUCAACAAGUUUCCUACAUCCAUAGGUAAUAUAAAACAUUUGGUUGAGCUUUCAGUAAGUGGAACCGAAAUUGAAGAACUACCUGAUGGUAUUGGACAAUUAGAGAAGCUUAAGAAGUUAGAUGUUUCAUUUUGCCAUAAGUUGGUGAGGCUACCAACAUCAAUGGGUAGAAUGAAGAGUUUGGUUUACUUUGAUCUAUCUGAUACUAUGAUUGUAAAAUUACCAGAUGAUUUUUCAAAACUGAUCUCAAGCUUAGAGGUGUUAAGAAUGGGCAUGGCAGAACCAAAUUAUCAGAUAGACUGCCAGAAGAGUCUUCAACCACUCCUAAUCAGCAUGAGUGAUUUUGCUUCUCAACUUCAGGUUCUAUGUUUGGCAGGCUACAUGAGCCUUGAAUCUCUUCCAAAGCUUCCCUCCAGUUUAACUCAUCUAGAAGUUAAGAAGUGUAUUUCACUGCAGAUAAUUUCAGAUCUAUCUCACUUGGAAAGUUUGAAGGAAUUAUUGCUUUAUGAUUGUGAUUCAUUGUUAAGAUUACCGGAUUUGUUAAACCUGAAAAGAAUGAUGAUAUUAGAGAUUGGAGAUUGUGAAAAUCUAGAGAAAAUUCAGGGCCUUGAAAGACUAGAAUCCUUGCAAGUGUUGAGACUGCUGAGUUGCCCCAAAUUAACAGAGUUACCUGAUUUUUCAAACCUGAAAAUUUUGAGAGAAUUAGAGAUUAGCGAAUUUGAAAAUCUAGAGAUAAUUCACUGCAAAGGACUAGAUUCUUUGGAACACUUGAAAGUGAAAAGUUGCCACAAAUUAACAGAGUUACCUGAUAUAUCGAAGCUAAAAAGAUUGUGGAGAAUAGAGAUUAAUCAUUGUGCAAAUCUAGAGAAAAUUCAGAGCUUGGAAGGAGCAGACUCUUUAAAAGCAUUCGAUAUGUCGUUAUGCUUCAAAUUAACAGAGACAUUGAGGAAGAUACAUGGGCAGGGAAGACUUGUUGGUAAUGUUGAGGAAGAUGGUCAGGGAACUAACUCAAUUGUUGCUGAUGAUCAUGACAUCUAUCAAGGCUCACCAAUUCUAUGUGUUGUUUUUGCAUUGAAAUCUUGGAAACAAAUUAAGUUUGUGGAUGGUGAGCUAUUAUCCAUCAAUCUUGUGACUGAGGCUGAUAUCCUUUGGAGAGGACGAAGGAUAUGGUGUCGCCAUUCGAUUAUAGCUGAGGGCAUUGAGUUCACUAAUAAGAGAGACAUAAUCUACAUCCACCAUUUCAAAGGGUUUGAUUGGUUUGGGUUUCCUCUGGAAAGCAAAGAUGCUAUCGAGAGAUUAAGUGUAGAGAUAGUCGAAAUAUUCAGAUACUCAGAUUCUGACUCCUACUAUAACGAUGAUAGGUUCGCCCAAGUGGAACUCAUUAAGGUGUUGUUCGAAGACAAGGAUUCAGAGCAGCAAAUGCCUAACCAAGAAUCCAGUGCUUUGUUGGUCGCAGAUUUCUUCAGAUGGUCUAAUGCUGACCAUGAUGAUGAAGAAGUGGAGGAGGAAGAAAAUGCUGAUGAUGAUGAAGAGGAGAAGGGGAAGAGGAAGAGAGGCUGAAGCACAGCAAGAGAGCUCAUCUUCACUUGUGCCUGCAUAGAAAUUAAUCUUUAUGUUGUUCACUCUGCCCCUGUAUUUUCGAUAGCAAUUAAUGUGUCAAAUUUCUUUUUCUGGUAGUACUAGGAUGGCCUCUAUUUCUCAUAUUUUUGUUAUUUUUGUUCUUGUGAAUAGUGAUCAAAGCCAAACAAGGGUAAUGGUUUGGAUUUGGAGAAGUAUUUAGGGACACAAACCUUACAAGAGGUCAUAGUCAUUGUUUUAGUUUCUCCAGUAACCAAACCAAGAUUUGUUUCCUAUGAGAUAAUGAAGAACCACCAGACGGUUGGACUUAUUGGUCAACCUUCCAUAAUAGUUGUAAGUUUUUGGGA